AGAGAACGAUGUGGAAUACACUCACAACAUGGAGUUGGAGGAAGGAGACCUUGUAGAAGAAGCCACAUCUGCCCCAGCAGGGGCUUCAGCCGCAAAUAAGAAACACAGUUCAACUAAAGGUGGUCGCUCAGGAGCAGCAGGCAGCCUCUCUUUGCGAAGAGCAAUGGAUUGUGGGGAUGGAAAUAUUCUUUUGAAGCCAGACUGUCAACUUUCCUCUGAAGGUUGCCUAGGAAACUCAAAGCCCAGCAGUCGGCGUACCUCCCCGAGAUCUUUGGCUUGUGCUUCAGACCCCCUGGCUAAUUCUGAAGAGAGAAUAUGUGAGGUUUCCGAUUCCAAUGUUGGUGCUUCUGCUUUAAAUGGCAUAGCUGCUGGGGAAAAGGCCAGGAAAGGAAUAGCGGUGGGGCCUAAUUCAAAUCGAUGUCGUAUGGAAGCAACCGAGGCAAAUGAUUUGGAAAACAGCUCUGAAGCCAGAGAGCACCAAGUAGUCCCCUCUGAAGGGGCUUCAGCAGAUCUGGAGGAAGCUAGACUUCACCUCUUGCCAGGCAUGAGCAGCGACAGCGACAUCGAGUGUGACACCGAAAACGACGAACAGGAAGAGGCCGAGACUGCCUGCGCCACUCCAGAGAUCUACAACCAACCUUUCCAGAUCCAGCCUUCAAACGAUG